GGGCGCGAACUUGGUCAGUGGAGUAAGAAAUCCAAUGUUCAUUGUUUCAUUCGAUAUCGGAAACUACGGAGUUACCACCGUUGACCGAAAGGCUUUCUUUCCUUUGCCUUUACCUCAUUCCCAUGAUUUCAUCACGGGAAACCUAUUUAUUUGUCGUCAUCCUGUGGGCAACGUUUCUACCUCCUUCCGACUUCUUUACCCACACAUUUUCCUUUUCGGCGUAAAUACAAGACUAUUCUUCUAGAGCAUCUCUUUCUUUUGUUCCACUAUUUUGUUUUCAUCAUCAGUAUACAUAUCUACUGAACGCCGCACUUGUGAUUUCUUUUCACUUGUCUUUCCCUGUUCCAUUCACCUUGAGAUACCCAGAUACCCCAAUACUCUAUAUUACUUACAUUGUACCCUUUUUCACACUUAACACUUACUUGCCACCAUCGAACCUUCCACUACUAGCACGGUACGAAAUAUAUUCAGAUGCCUUCACAUCUGCGGAACCUCGCAAUAUAUAGCAGUCUGAUAUUGCUCGGACUUGCACCUCUGAUAGCCGCACACGGCGAUGAAGAACCGGAAAUGGAUAUGAACAUGCCAAUGAGUUCGGUAGCCACAGCUAUAUCUACAGCCACAGUUUUGGCCGGCAUGGACAACACCGUGGUGGCUGAACCCUCUAGCUAUUUCCGAUAUUCUGAACAUGGAAGUCUGAUGGUAGCUCACAUUAUACUUAUGACCAUCGGAUGGGUGUUCGUUUUGCCAAUAUGUGUGAUGCUCUCCAUUUCUCGAUCUCGAUUGAGUCUCCCUGCACAAUUCGCGUUUCUGGCUUUGAACGGAGGUGGUCUUCUCUGCAGCAUAAUAUACAAUGCAUCCACUCCGGACCUUUAUCCGAAUAAUUUUCAUCAUAAAUUGGGGUGGUUUUUGAUAUGCGUCGUCACUGCACAAGCGCUAUUAGGGGUCAUCAGUGCCUACGCGGGGCGCAGAGACGAGAAGGGACAGGAGAACUCCGGGUAUAUUCCGGUCUCGAGAGAAGCAAUGGCAGAGCAUACCCGUAUGCACGAACGACCCAAACCCGUUACCAGACUGUCGGAUGAUAGUGGCCAAGGUACUGAACCAAAUACCGAAUCUAUACGAAGCCGAUCGAUGUCUUUGUCUGGAGAUGAUGAAAAUACUCUAAAUGAAUCGGAAAAUGACGAGCUGGAAAAAGUGGGGUUGAUGGAAGGUACCCAGGUGGAUCAAUACUUGUCAAAACGACUUGCGGGAUUACUUUCUGCACGUCUUUUGGGAAUAAUCCGACUUGCAUGUGGCGUUGUGGAUCGGGUAAUCCUUCUCCUGGGUUUUGCUAUUCUCACAUCUGGUUUCGUCACCUAUGGUGGUUUAUUUAAAGGAGCAGAAGUUUACAGUGGUCUUGCGCACUUUAUUAAAGGUGGAGUUUUCUUCUGGUAUGGAAUCUUGACUCUUGGUCGAUGGGCGGGUUGCUUCGCCGAAAUCGGUUGGUCCUGGAAUAUCAAACCUCAUAACGAGCGGCGAUUUACUCCAACCGCUGAGUUCGUGGAAAGUUUCCUUAUUUUCUUCUAUGGCUCCACGAAUGUUUUCUUGGAACAUCUGGCUGCUUGGGGGAGUGCAUGGAGCGCACAAGAUCUCGAACACAUUUCAAUCACCAUUAUGUUUAUCGGUGGUGGACUGUGUGGUAUGCUUAUUGAGUCGAACAAAAUUCGCAACCUUUUGAAUACCACAGUUCAACAAUCAUCAUCUCAAAUGUCAUCCUAUCAUCCAGAAGCUCAAGAACCAAAGUCCUAUAGAUUUUCGAUGAAUCCGAUCCCGGCUUUAGUCGUUUUACUAUUAGGAAUGAUGAUGAGUUCUCACCAUCAACAUUCAAUGGUCUCAACUAUGAUCCAUGGACAAUGGGGAACUCUACUUGUGGGUGCAGCAUUUGCACGUGCCGCUACUUAUGUUGUAUUCUAUCUUUCACCACCAACUUCGAUUCUUCCUGGUAGACCCCCUACGGAAAUCAUUACAGCUUUCUGUUUGAUGGCUGGAGGUUUAAUUUUUAUGGCUAGUAGCAAAGAUACAGUCAAGGCAAUUGAAAUGAAUGAUCUCGAUGCGAUGUUUGUUUUUACCGUUUCCAUGGGUCUCAUCACAUUUUUGAUGGCUUGGAUUAUCUUGGUGGUUGCAAUCAAAGGUUGGGCAAUGAGAAAAGAGAAGAGAUGGGGCAAGAGUAUUGAUUAUGAGGUUGAUGGGACUGCGUAGAAAUAAUGCUGGCGGAUAAUAAUGGUUUUGGGGAAAGAUAUUAUAUAGAUGGGUCAUGAUGUUAUGAAUGGAUGGAUGAGAAAAUGACAAUGGUAAUGCUUAUGAGGGGGGGAUGGAGUUAUGGCGUCAAGAUACCAUGGAUUGUUUGAUAUUUUUGGUUUGGGUUUGGAAUUGGAAUUGGAAUUGGAAUUGAAAGUCUUAAUUGUGAGAAGUGGAAGGCGAGGAGACAUAGACUAUUUGAAUAAUGAGAUUGAAGAUUCGAGAUUGAGGAGUAGCAUAUCUUGUUAUUUAUGCGCAUUCAACGUGAACGCAAAAAUCGUAAAUAGUAUUAGCGACA